GAAUCAUUCAAAAGAACGCUAACCCAGAAUAAAAUGGUUAAAAACAAACACAUUUUCUUUUAUAUUAAAUGCUAAAUUCAUAGUAAAAACAUUUUAAAAUGGACAUUUCUUUUUCUCCAAGAUCUUAUUCAAAAAUACUUCUACAUGCUACUAGGUAUCCACAUAAAGCUGUAAAUGGAGUUCUCCUAGGAGUCUGUGAUUCAAAUGAUAAUGGAAAAAUGCGGAUUUUGGACGCUAUUCCUCUGUUCCAUCAAUGUUUAGGUCUAGCGCCUAUGUUAGAAGUAGCUUUGACUCAAAUUGAUUUUUAUUGUCAACGUCAAAAAAUUAAUAUUGUUGGUUAUUAUCAAGCAAAUGAAAAUAUUGAAGAUAAAAGUCCUGAUUUUAUUGCGUAUAAGAUUGCUGAAAAAGUGAAUGACUGUUUUAAACGUUCAAUACUUGUUAUGUUAGACAAUUCAAAAAUGGAUUCUGAAUGCAAAGAAGUUGCAUUGGAUGUGUAUUCCAUAUCUGAUAAUAAAUGGCGCCUUGAAAAGGAUUGGCAACUUGUUGGAGGAGAUGUGACUUUGGCAUUAGUAUCAGAGCUUAUCAUUGGCAAAACAUUUCAAAGUCUUAUUGACUUUGAUAAUCAUUUGGAUGACAUUUCUCAAGAUUGGCUGAACAUUCCAAUAAAUAAACUUGUCGAAUUGACGACUAGCUAAUAUUCUCCAAGAUUCGAUUUUGAAAGUUUUUGGAGGAAAAACGUAUUCUGCUCUAUUUAAUUCAGAUUUUCAAUAGUAAAUUCUGGAAUUUUGGCUAAAAUUUUUAUAAAAUUUAAUUAGACAAAGGAACUUUAACAUAUGAAAAUAUGACAUAUGAAAAUAUAUUGACACCGUUGA